AAAUAACCGAGUGCGCGUAAUCACGACAGCUGACCACUGACAAGGCGUGGCCCGCUCGUCCCCGCUGUCUCUCGAGGGAGCUUGGAGAUAGCGUACGACCGAUAACACCGCCCUCGCAUGCACGAUCCGGCAGGACGGCAUUCGGCUUCGCGGCAGCGUCAUUUCAGGUGGCCGCUCUCGUCUGGCCGCAACCGUGCUGUAGCGCCGACAGCGACCACUGACUGCUCUGGCAAUGAGUGUCGCGCAUGGCUAGUAUAAGGUGUGCGAGCAGCAGCCGCGUUCAAAACGCGCGCCGCAGCAACAGGUUGUCGGCGGCACCCGAGCGCCGCCUGGCAAGUGGUCGGCGUAGCCGGGGCCGAGUCCGCGCAAGGAGCCGGCGGUGGUCGUCACGUGCGUCUUCCGGCGGCGGGCUGGAGACCUCCUCUCUCGCGGUGGCGAGCGCGGAGCUCGCGGCCGGCGGACGCGUGGUCGCCGCCGUCAGUGUCCCCGUUGGCUCGGGUUGGGCUGCGUAUGGCGCAGCGGACGCGGCGCGGAGUCCCAGCGUCGGAGCGAGCAGUCCGGGCCCAGCUAUCAGCAGAGGCGGCGGCGGCCCGAGUUCCUUGAACCCUGCCCGCUCAAGGUUGGCGGGGCCGAGCCGCGAGCUGGCGGCUGUCGAAGGCAUGGCGGGACUCACGUGGAGCGACCAGGAGACGUACGAGCUGAUCCGCAUCUGGGCUGCGGAUCGAGACCUGCUCGAUGGGACGUCGCGUAACAACAAGGUGUACGAGAGCAUGGCGGCGCAGAUGCGCAGCCUGGGCUACCUGCGUACCGCGCUCCAGGUCAAGGAGAAGAUGAAGCGACUACGCAAGGAGUACAAGUACGGCAAGCGCAGCAAGAAGAUCGCCACCUACCACGACGCGCUGGCCACCGUGCUCGCGCAGGGCUCUAAAGGCGGCUCGCUCUUCAUCAAGAGCGAGGUGGACGAAAGCAUGGGUUCCGAGGAAUUCGCCGGCACGGACUCCGAGACAAACUACAUGGAGGACGGACCGGGCUGCUCGGCGCCACCGGCUGAGGGCAACGGCAACGACGAGCGUGCCCAGGGGUUCUUCCGUGGCGGCAGUGCGGCCGGCAGCACGGGCGGCGGCGGGGCCCAGGGCCUCGACUACAGCCGCUCGCCCGGCUCGCCGCCCGUCGAGUGCGCCACGGCGCUGCGCUUUCCGGCCGACAAUUUCCCCACCAUCACGACGACGACCGCUGAGCCCGGGGACGGGGCGCGGUUCCCGGCCGCCGGCGCAGGCGGCCCGCGGGCGGCGCUCAAGCGCAAGCUGCCCGACGCGCCCUCGCCGCCCACGCUGGCUGCCUCGACGCUGACCGACCUCAUCACGCGCGGCAUCGACAAAUUCGUCGAGCUGGAGCACAAGCGCAUGCGGCUCGAGCUGGACCUGCUCGAGCGGCUGCGUCACGAGGAGCUCGAGCGGCUCGAGCGCAUGCGCCGCGAGGAGAUGGACCACGAGUUGCGUCUCAUGAGCGUGCUCGCGUCUCUCUUCAACAACAACAACUCCACGUCCAGCGUGAACCUCAACAGCAGCAGCAGCGAGCCGCCGGCGGGCUCGUGACGCGGGCUGUACUCUUGACUCUCCGCACAACAUUCCAUCCGCUCUUUUGUGAUGCCCGUAAAGACUGUGGGCGCCUUUCUUCUCUGUUUUAACCUCACCCGUGCACCCCGCCAGGGCCCUGCGCGCUGCACAAUAAGAUGAGAUCGUUGCAUUAUGGCGCCCUUGAAUCCCGGGCGCCGCGUUUUUUUCAGGGCCCUUCAGGCAGCAGAGAUCCUGUUUACCAUUCACACGGUUCAUGCUAGCACGGGGCCAGCGCACAUGGACAGACACCGUGUAUUAGUGGGAGACAUGGACGUUGCAGGUGGCCUGCACGUGUCUUCGUGUUUUCAGUUUAUUUUAUUUGUGUUUGUUCUGACCGGCUCCUCGCCAAGAAGGGGCUCAGCGGCCGUGCGAAGACUGUCACGGCCGGCCAAGACAUAAAGGACUCGUGUGGAAGAGCAACGACUGUUUAGCUGUAGCUUACUUGAAAUUCUCUGAAGCAGACGUGGUCACUGACGUUCUGCUAACGGAGCGAAGUCACUUGUCGCCCUCUUUGCGUUUCUCACCGGCUACUGAGCUCAUCUGCCACAUCAAAAGUGUAGUGUCUGCUUUACCAUGAGUCACGCCACCAUGGAUGUUACAUAAUGUUGUAAAGUGCUUUCUCACUUUAGUAAUGUUCUCAACUAAUUUGUCGUCGCGAUGUCGUGCUUUCUACAUGUCGGUAUAAAAUGAAGAAGAGGCAUUCCGUCCAUUUCUCUACUCCAUGGAAGUGUGUGUUUAUUUGUGUUAUAAAGACAUAUUUUGCAAGUCA